CUUGUUUUAGACGCUUGUUCACCAUCACCAGUGCCAUAUGACCUGGCGUAACAGAGCUCGUGUCAUUAUUAUAAAAAGCGUACAGUUGUCAUGACGCGUUAUAACCAUUAGGUCGCGGUGUAAGUUGUAAACACGCAGCUCUAACUGUAAAAAUCUCCAUUUUGAAUGUUUUUAUAGCAAAGUUAGCGCCUGUUCGCAGCUGGUUAAAGUUGACACAGGACUCGAGGAGUUUUAUUUCUCUGAUCAUUCCUCGCUUUGUGAUUUCAACCGGAUGGGAAUUUUGGAUGCACGGAUUUUUUUCUCCUGCGCUGUUUUUAAACUUGUAAGAUUGUUGAAACGACUUUGACGGACUGGUUGGAGAAGUGCUCGGUGUUGCUAACGGCUAGCAGCAGAGGGGAAGGAAUAAAAAAAACAAACAAAACACAAAAUACUAAACAAAACCAUGUCAGAUGAGGCACCGAAACAAAACAGGAACUUAAACAUCGAACGCAGUGAAACAUGGAGCCAGGAAGUGUGAAGAACGGCACUAAGAGAGAUGAGCCUCUGAUACCGCUGAACUUCAGCGAGAGCCCAGCUGAGGGAGUUUUGCACAACGGAGCACGCAGCGCCAUGUCAUUUGCCCCAACCACUGUAGUGCCUCCUGUCAGCCCGCUGUUGCAGCCAGUUACUGGAGAUCUCCCCAAUGGUGUGAGCAACACCCCCCCUCUGGAGGACAUCACCAUCACUUUACCGUCCCCUCUGGAGCUCUACGUGGAGGACCCAGACCUAAAAAUGGUUGGGAAGGACUUGAGGUCUCUGCAGUCCUAUCAGCAGCAGUCCUCCCUGGGGCUUUACAGCAUGGGGGAUAAUUUCUCCCGUCUGGAGGCUAGCAUUGCCGAUCUCAACAGCUCCUUGCCGACUAUGGACUCCUUAAUCGGAGGAGGGGAUCCCACUCUUUCCCCUCUAAAAAAUGAGGACUUCUCACCAAUGGGGAAUAGGGACAUGGAUCUAGAGCAGGAUCCUUUCGGGAAAGAUGCAGACACCGGUACACCGAAGCUCUUCAGUGAGAACACCAUGGACCUCCUGCAAGAGUUCGGCUUGCCCGAGUCACCCACAGAUUUCUACGUGGGAGAUGACGAGUUCCCUCCGUUGGUCGACGACUCUCUGCUCGGAGACAUAGUUUCUGACAAGGACUCUAAGGCUGUAGACAUGUUGAGCCCCACCACCACCACUGUCAGUAACAUCAACGGUGCAGCCGUUUCUCCUUCCAGCAUAUCCACAGGCAGGCCGACCCUGGUGAUCAAGCAGGAGAAGGAGCCCAUGAUCCAGCUGUGCACCCCGGGUGUCAUCAAGCAGGAGAACGCCAGCGGGAGAAGCUUCUGUCAGGUGACCUCAGACCUCUCGAACCCAGUGAGGAAUGUUUCCAUCGCCAUCUGUGGCGUCAGCACAUCAAGCGGUCAGAGCUACCACUUCGGAAGCCCGGUGUCCAGCGGCAGCCAGCAGAAAGAUCAGAAACCUGUUUUUAACGUAUACACACCACAGGCUACAGACGACGAGUGGGGCCGAGGAUUCAGAAACACAAACAACGCCAUGCAGCAGAGAGCGAGCAACAGCUUCACUGCCACACAGAGCUUCACCACCAACUAUGCCAGCUUGACUGCCAGGCCUGAGGCCAACACUGCCAUGUCCUCAGGCACAGGGAAGGCCAGCGGUACACACAAAAUCUGCCUGGUGUGUUCAGACGAGGCGUCAGGCUGCCACUACGGAGUGCUCACCUGCGGCAGCUGCAAAGUCUUCUUCAAAAGAGCUGUGGAAGGGCAACACAAUUAUCUGUGCGCCGGGCGAAACGACUGCAUCAUCGACAAAAUCCGCAGGAAGAACUGUCCCGCCUGCCGUUUCCGCAAGUGCCUCAUGGUUGGCAUGAACCUGGAAGCACGGAAAGCCAAGAAGCUAAAGAUGAAGGGUGUACAGCAGGCCAACACGACCGAGCUGACUCCUCCUCCGGUGCCCGAGGCGCGAGCGCUGGUCCCCAAAGCCAUGCCGCAGCUGGUGCCCACCAUGCUGUCGCUGCUGAAAGCCAUCGAGCCCGAGACCAUUUACGCCGGCUAUGACAGCACGCUCACAGACACCUCCACACGGCUCAUGAACACCCUGAACAGACUGGGAGGACGCCAGUUCAUCUCCGCUGUCAAGUGGGCCAAAUCUCUGCCCGGUUUCCGGAACCUUCACCUAGACGAUCAGAUGACUCUGCUCCAGUCCUCCUGGCUCUUCCUCAUGUCGUUUAGCCUGGGCUGGAGAUCUUACCAACAGUGUAACGGCAACAUGCUCUGUUUCGCACCAGACCUGGUGAUCAAUGAGGAGAGGAUGAAAAUGCCCUACAUGGGUGAUCAGUGUGCACAGAUGCUGAAGAUUUCCAACGAGUUUGUAAGGCUGCAGGUGUCAAACGAGGAGUACCUGUGUAUGAAGGUCCUCCUGCUGCUCAGCACAGUGCCAAAGGAUGGUCUGAAGAGCCAGUCUGUGUUCGACGAGAUCAGGAUGUCGUACAUUAAAGAACUGGGUAAAGCCAUCGUGAGGAGGGAAGAGAACUCCAGCCAGAACUGGCAACGAUUCUACCAGCUCACUAAGCUACUGGACUCCAUGCACGACAUGGUGGGUGGACUGUUGAACUUCUGCUUCUACACGUUUGUGAACAAGUCUCUGAGCGUGGAGUUCCCCGAGAUGCUCGCCGAAGUCAUCAGCAACCAGCUACCAAAAAUCAAAGCUGGGAGCGUCAAGCCGCUGCUCUUUCACCAGAAAUGAAAGAAAAUAAAGGUGUUUUUUUUCCCCAGCAGCAGGACAACAUGCCUUAAAGCUACAACACAUCACCAAGCGUCCCUCAUGAACCACACUGAGGGACGGAGAGACACAGUAGGUUGGACGGAGGGCUUGUGAGGGAGGAAACACAAUGUUCGGGAUGGAGGGAUGAACGGAAACGGUAUGCAAGCGAUCCAGCACAGAACAACAAGGGACACGUUUAAAGACCGGUAAACGACAGGAAACUCAGCGCUACAGUUUGCAGUCAGAAUAAUCAUCUGGUGGAUGGAAAAGAAAUUAUAUCAUCAAUGUCGUCUCAGGUGUUUGAUUCUCAACAUUACAAUAAGUAGUAAAGCCCUUUCUACACAUCGUCUGCUUUUUUUUUUUUUUUCUUUUGGAGUCAAAAGCAACAUCAUAGCACUUAUUGUCAAUAUGCUAAAAACACAUAUACGAGAUUUCGAUUUUCAGAUCUUUUAAUUUGUCAUAAAAAUGUUUAAAAACUUCUUCUGUCUUCUGAUGUGCAUCACGUUUGAACGAGUCAUUUCAGUAACCUGUACAGAGAUGUGGUUUAGACUUUGUUUGAGGUCGGACAGUUACUUGCACAGAACAGCUUUAUUUUUUUUCCUUUUCUAUGUUAAUGCUCAGAGUCGCUAACUGCUUUUGCUGAAUCUCACAGUUAUACCAUUAUAGCAAAAAGGGAAAAUAUGUGCCUUUUUUUUGAGCUUUGUCCCAUUUUUAGCCCUCUUUUGUGUACCGGUGCAUAACCCAGCAUCCUGCAUCCAACCUGUUAGAUAUUACAUUUGAUUGUAUUUUUAUACCCACUUGCACUGGCCAUUUUAUUUUCCUCUAAAGCAGCACCAUUAUAUUUUUCCUUCCUGGCAGCUGACAUACAUACAUACAUACAUACAUACAUACAUACAUACAUACGUACGCGUGAACUACAGUAAAUUUUUUAGGAGUCCGAUCCACUUUGGUCGGACGUCUCGUCGACUAAAAUGCAAACUUUAAGCACUUUUUCCACUCGUUCGACGCUUUAAAAGGAAAAGGUUUAAGACGGAAGCUCGCACGUUUACGCGUGAGCUUGUGUUCAUAUUAGCGUUCGCCUCAGAGAGCCACGGUGGAGUCGCCGUAUGGUGUAGGAGUGAUUUCAUGCAAUGUGAAUUAUGUUCAUCAUAAGAGUCCUGAUCUUUUUUGUUUGUUUUUUUUCCUUUUCUUUUUUAGUCAUGUCAUUAAGUACGGAGGAAAACACAGAUCAUACAAACUAAAUACAACAUAACAGAAUAAUACUCAUGAAUAAUAAUACAGCAUCUAUUAACCAUCCUGCAGAUAGAGACAGACUCACUGAACGGUAGUGAAUGAAAAACAGUACAAUCAUUAUAGAGCUCUUUAUUUUUCUCUCGCACUUAUCUGUUUGUCUCUUUCUCUCUCUCUGUCUGUUUAUCCUUUCUCCUUACUGCCAUUUUUCGCUUUCUCUCCCUGCGUCUUUCUUAAACACACACAACUCUUCUGUCUCAGCUUGAUGCCAUUGUUCCUCUCACACACACACACAUGUACGUUUGUUAUCCUCGCUCGCUCUCUCUGCCAUUUAAUCAGUCUAACUAACACUUGCGGUAAUAGUCUUGCUCAGUCCAUCAUUUCUCAGAUAAAGAGCAACACGCUAGCCUCAUACUCACUUCUCGGGGAAUUUCUACAAGCCUGUAUUUGUUGUAUUCUACUCUUUCUGUGCCAAAAUGUGUAUUACUUUCUGAUUUUUAGACGCGCAAAUCUAUGCUUGUCUUAACAGUUGUCAAGAGUUCUGCUGAGCAGGAAAUGGAGAAAAAGAUAAAUAAGAUGGAAUAUUUUCAUUUUCCUCUGUAAAAGCCUAUUACAUGUUUAAUACAUGAAUAAAAAGACCAGAUUAUA